GUAGUGUAGUUUAAGCUCUCCUAAACGCCUGGCUCAUUGGAAGCUCGAAAACAGUUGUAGGACUCAAUUUUCCAGAAGGCGUUGCCACCACUAGACGAGGUGUUGCUUCUAAUUCGGAAGGUAAUCAAUUCCACAUUUAGGAAACCCGCGCGGGAUAUCAAGAAUCCUGAAUCACUCAUAAAUUUCUAAAGUGAUGCUUCAGGAUAAUUAACCGCUGCAGAUUUGGGGCAAGAGAAAGGAAGAAAAAUGUCUGUUUCCUGUCAUUUAAAGGAAUUUUCAUGGAGUAAAUCAGAAGGAUCUUUGGUUGACUUGGCGGAUGGAAGCCUUACAAGAAAUGAUUUGUAUGACAAUCAGGAAAAUGGAUUGCAUCUUAAAUCACACUGGACUGGAGAAUUUAAGCAAGAUGCCCCUGGUGGAUUUAAGACAAAUCCGUUUUGGAAGGAACUGUCAGCAUCUAAUCCAUUUUUAGAUGACAUAGCUGAAUCAUGCAACAAAGAAAAAAACAAUAGACGGGUAUCUAUCUUGAAAGAAGAUCGAGAUUUAUUUUUUAGAGAUUCAAAUGGUAGGGAUUCUGCUGCUUCAUCAGGAGAUGAAUUAAAUAUUGAAUACCUUUUUUGUCGCAAACCUUCUAAAAGAUCUGCAAAAUCUAGGAGUGUUUCAGAUCUUUUGGAUAUUAUAGAUGUAAGAUGUGAAUUUUCUAAUACAGAACCAUCCAGUUAUAUCUUACCUCCAGAAAAUGAAGCAUUUCAGAAUCAACGUGAAGCCUAUAAGACAGCUUGGUUGAACCAACGACAACUGGCCCGAUCUUGCCUGGAUUUGAAUGUGAUAAAUCAGGGUCCUGGAUGGGCACAGACCCAAUCUAUAGAAACCCACAUAGUCUGCAAAGUGAAUUGUGAGGGUGGUUCGGUGCAGCUUCCUGACUCAGAUAUUGCUAUUCAUUUCCCUGAAGGUCAUGUGGCACUUGGAGAAUUCCAAGAAGUUGGCCUGCAGGCAAUCCUUGAUUCUCCACCGACACUUAAUUAUGAGUUUUCAACUACCUUGACUCCUUUGAUUAAACUUACUUUGAGCAACCUUAAUACUACUGAAGCUAUUUUACUAGAGAUGAAAAUUGCAGCUGAAAUAAAAAAGGAUCCUUUUAGUCAGGUAAUGACUGAAAUUGUUUGUCUGUGUAGUUGCAAUAAGGAAGGGCCAUUUGAAAAAAUAAACAAUUGUUACAUUUAUAAAGAUACUAUACAAGUGAAACUAACAGACCUUAGUCACUUGAUGUAUAUUGUUGUUGUAGCUCAAACAAAUACAGUUAAUUCUCUUGUAAGUGUUUGGGAAUAUAUCCACAGAAAACUUUCAGUUGGGAUUUAUGGGCCAAAACAUAUCCAUCCGUCUUUCACUGUUGUGUUUGCUUUGUUUUAUCACAACUAUGUUCCUGAGAAGCUAACAGUAUGUGACAUUAAAAGGGGAGGAAAGAGCUUGCCCCCAGUUAUUUUCCAGCUCUGGGGGAAACACACAUUUUUACUGGAGAAACUGCAAGAUCUCAGCAUUUCUGUUGUCUCCUGUGACCCAGAUUUUGAAGUGAAGGAAGAAGAACAAAGGAAAGAAAUUAAAGAAGAAAAAUUGAAAGGAGGUGGUGGAGUAAUUCACCGACACUUUCCAUUUUCUAUAAUCUGCAAUAGGAAAAUACAUAUUUUUGUCUUCCGUGUUCAAAUCAAAGCCCCAGAAAAUAACCUGGCAUGCCAGUUUUACAUUACAACACCUGAACCACCUCCUAAGUUAUUAAUGAGCAUAACUAACAAGCCAAACCGAAUUGAAAAACGCAAGGAAAUAAAAUCUGCACCAUUAUUAUUAUUACCCACCAUAAAAUAUCCUACUUUUCAAGACAAGGUUUUAAAUAUUACCCGCUAUGGUACAGCACUCAAAACAGUGUUACGUCAAAGUAAAAUUGACUAUUUAUUAGAAUAUUUUAAAGGCGAUACAAUAGGAAUACUUGGAGAAGAUAAGGUCAAAGCCAUUGGACAAACAAAAAUUAAGGAAUGGUAUGUAGGUGUUCUUAGAAGAAAAGUUGGCCUUGUACACUGCAAAAAUAUCAAAGUGAUAACUGAAAAUCAAAUUAUCAAUGUUGAAGAUAGUGAAAUCAUGACCAGUAGUCUCCUUGAACAAAUUGCAUUGCCUUUUAAAAAAUUGACUUACAUCUAUUCAACAAUCUUAUCCACAGUAUCAGAGAACUUAAAUGAUUGGAAAGCUUUGGCUGAUGCUCUUCAAUUUUCAGAUUUGUCCCAAUAUGAUUUAAAGGCAUUACAAGUUGAAAAGGAGUUUGAAAAAGUAGCGUAUAUUAUGAAGAAGCUUAAAGAAAUUUGCCAUACUCAGAGAAGCACAAGACGAUUCCUAUAUGAACUCUCUGUGGCACUUUUAAGGCUAGACUGCCAAGGAUUAGUAGCCCGUAUUAUCCAGGAUACAGUUAUUUUUACUGCAGCAGUAAAACUUGGGAAGAACUGGAGAGAGUUAGCAGAAAAAUUAGCACGACUUACAAAACAACAAAUUGAUGCAUAUGAAACUCCCCAUCAUAGCAAAAGUGGAGAAGUUGCUCCAGAGAUGAUGUGGAAACCAGCUUAUGAUUUUCUCUAUACCUGGAGUGCUCAUUAUGGAGACAGCUACAGAGAUAUGUUGCAAGACCUGCAUUUAGCUUUGGAUAAAAUGAAAAACCCUAUGACCAAACAAUGGAGAGAAAUAACUGGAGCUCUGAUCCUGGUCAAUUGCAUGGAGGUUCUCCGGGCCAGUGCUUUCUCCAUGUUGGAUGAAGAAUAAAAUUCAUUUUCAAAUUUAGAAAUAUAUUCUACAACCAGUCUUCUUGGAAUAUUAAACAGGAACAUUUUCACCAAGGAACAUUUAGAAUCUUUGUGAAAAUUAAUUCCUAUAAUGUAUUCCUUUAACUUGAAAAAAAUUGAGUCAUUAAUUUUCAAGCACCAGCAAUUUUACCUCAUUUUUAUUUAAAGCGAUUUAGUAAACAUUUGCUGCAUGAUUUGAGCAGAAUUCUGAAAGAGUGCAGAAUACUGUAUUCAGGGGAGGAAACACAACACUGAUGCUAUGAAGCAAGUUAUGUUGCUAGGGAAAAAAUACUUUUUCUUAGAAAUUGAGUCAUAGAGCUGUAUUCUCAAUUCUAUCAAUAAUACAUACAUUCAUGUAUAUAUGUUGCUCUAUAAUAGACGAUGUGUUUAUAGUUCUAUAUAAAUAUAUUUAAGAUUGCAGCUCCCAGGAUUCCCAGUCCCCAUAAUCAACCGCAUUGAAAAGUGUUUCUCAACCAUGGGAAAUUUAAGUUGUGUGGAUUUGAACUUUCAGCCAUGCUAGCUGGGGAAUUCUGAGAGUUCAAGUCCGCACGUCUUAAAAGUUGUCAAGUUUAAGAAACUCAGAUAUAGAACCAGGAGACAAAUUUGGGAAAGGUGCUUUAUGAUAAUCAAACACACUAUUUCAUUGUAUGUAUUAAUUGAAUAUAUUCCCUUGGAUACAGUAUUAACUUGGCUAUUGAUUUCCAGUAGAAGUUAGGCACUGAGCCAUGUAUCUCUAUAAACUGACUCAUGAUUUUCUUAAUGGGAGCUAAGCAUGAGAUACUGUAAAGACCAUGUAAAUUCAAGAAAGCCUUCACUAAUUCAACUAUUUGUAAUCUGCCUGCAGAAAUACCAACUCCCUGUAAUUAUGUACAGGUUUAUCUUGAUUUAGAGCAUUUAAUGACACUUGUUUUCCUAUCAACCUGCAUGUGGGCUUUUUUGGGAAUUUUCAUUCCUAGAAAAUUAGAAAUGUAUCAUCAUAUCUUUGUGGUUAUCCCAUCUGUUAUUUAGGUAUAACAUCAGUGUUGUGUAAGAUUGGUCAUAUUUCUAGGUAGGUUUUUUUUCUUGUUCGUGGGCAGGAUGAUUCUUCUAAUGAAAGCUGCUUUUUGGCAGAAAAAUCAUGACAUAAAUGCUUGUUUUUUUAAAUUUGAAACAUAGGAAUUCCAAAAUUCAUAUUAUAUACCACUGUUUUUUCAUAGUUUUCAUUAAUUAAUGCAAAUAUAUUGUGACAAAAAAGUUUGAAUUAAUUCCUCUAUUUCCAAACUAGCUAUUGUUGCAUAAAGGCAUUUAUAUGUUAUAAUUUACUCUGUAAAUUAGUAUUUUUCAGUAUCUUUUAUUUAUGCUUGAAUCUUAAAUUCAAGUGAAAUCAAAAAGAUGAAUGCCCAUUAACUUAUCAAUGGUUGUUACAUUAAUUACUAUUUUUUCUUUCAUGUUUAAAAAUUACACAGUAACAUAAUAGUUAGAGACUGAAUUUACCUGCCAUUUCAAUUAAUAUUGUUAUGUUUGUCAAACUGUGGCUACUACUGACAACAUUAAAGCCAAAUGUAUCUUAAGAAAAAGACUUCUUUUGGAAUUCAUAGAGGCCUUCAUUAUUUACCUCUAUUAGCUUUUUUUUAAAGUGGGACAUAUACUAAAAUAAAUGGAAAACUAAUCUGAAAUUUCAAUGUAUGAAUGACAAUCUUACCUCACUUAACAUUUUAUUAAAAAUAAUUAAUACUGCCAGGAAUGUACUAAUUAUGCUCUAGUAGUUCUUGUCAUUUU